AUGUAUAAACAAGUAUACUCUCGCGUUCAUCGUGGACUCCCUACUCCCGCAGCCCGUCUCUCGGCUCGUGCUUUAAGCACUUCCUCGCGUGCUACACCCAAAGCUAGACCAUCUUACGUGGCCUCAGCUCAAGCUUUCCAGUUCAGCCCCUUGAAGCAGAACAGAGCAGCUUUCUUCUCCACUUCAUCGCGCGUCGCCAGCGUUGUGUUGCCUAACGAGAAACAAUCUCGUGAUGGUGCCGCCCAACAGGUGUCUGAGGAGAUUCUCGAUCACGUCCCUUUGGUUGACGUAAAGAAGGUCCUCGUUGUCGGAUCCGGCGGUCUCAGUAUUGGUCAAGCUGGUGAAUUCGAUUAUUCCGGUUCUCAAGCCAUCAAAGCUUUGCGUGAAUCCGGUGUCGAAACUGUCCUUAUCAACCCCAACAUCGCUACCAUCCAAACCUCUCACUCGCUUGCUGACUCGGUUUACUUUUUGCCCGUCACUCCAGAGUACUUGGUUCACAUCUUGGAACGUGAAAAGCCCGAUGGUAUUUUGUUGACUUUCGGUGGUCAAACCGCCUUGAACUGUGGUAUCCAACUUGACCGUAUGGGUGUCUUGGAUCGUCUUAACGUCAAGGUCCUUGGUACUCCUAUCAAGACUCUCCUCACUUCCGAGGACAGAGAUCUUUUCGCUCAAGCUCUCAAGGAGAUUGACAUUCCCUGCGCUCAAUCCACUGCUGUCGAAACCGUUGAUAACGCCCUUCAGGCCGCUGAUGAAAUCGGAUAUCCCGUCAUUGUCCGAUCUGCUUUCUCCUUGGGUGGUCUCGGUUCUGGUUUUGCCAACAACGAACAGGAACUCCGUUCUUUGGCUACCAAGUCCUUGUCUCUCAGCAACCAAAUUUUGGUCGAGAAGUCCAUGAAGGGAUGGAAGGAAGUUGAAUACGAAGUUGUUCGUGAUGCUGCCAACAACUGUAUCACUGUUUGUAACAUGGAGAACUUUGAUCCUUUGGGUAUCCACACCGGUGACUCCAUUGUCGUUGCUCCUUCUCAGACUUUGUCCGAUGAAGAGUAUCACAUGCUCCGUACCGCUGCCAUCAAGAUCAUUCGUCAUCUUGGUGUGGUUGGUGAAUGUAACGUUCAGUAUGCCUUGAACCCCCACAGCUUGGAGUACAAGGUCAUUGAAGUCAAUGCUCGUCUUUCUCGUUCAUCUGCUUUGGCUUCUAAGGCCACUGGUUAUCCCCUUGCCUUCGUUGCCGCCAAGAUUGCUCUCGGUCACACUCUUCCCUCUCUUAAGAAUGCUGUCACCAAGACCACCACUGCUUGCUUCGAACCUUCCCUUGAUUACAUUGUCACCAAGAUCCCCCGUUGGGAUUUGUCCAAGUUCCAAUAUGUUGAUCGUCACGUCGGCUCUUCCAUGAAGUCGGUUGGUGAAGUUAUGGCUAUCGGUAGAACCUUUGAAGAAUCCUUGCAAAAGGCCAUUCGUCAGGUCGAUCCCAACUGGCAAGGUUUCCAACAACUUCCUGCCAAGUUUGAUGAUGUCGAUGAUGUCUUGUCUGACCCUACUGACCGUCGUAUCUUUGCCCUCGGUGAAGUCAUGCUGAACGAAGACCCUGCUGUUCGUGCCAAGUACAACGUUGAUCAUCUCCACAACUUGACCAAGAUUGACAAGUGGUUCUUGCACAAGCUUCAAAACAUUGCCAAUGUCAACCAUGAAUUGGCUACCUACAAGAACGGUUCCGCUGCCCUUCCUACUGGACUUUUGCAUUUGGCCAAGAAGACUGGCUUCUCUGAUAACCAGAUCGCUCGUCUUACUGGUUCCAAUGAGUUGACCGUUCGUAACACUCGUAAGCAGGCUGGCAUCACCCCCUUCGUUAAGCGUAUUGAUACCUUGGCUGCUGAGUUCCCUGCUCACACCAACUAUCUCUACACCACUUACAAUGCUACUAGCAACGAUAUCACCUUUGAUGAUAAGGGUACCAUUGUUCUUGGUUCCGGUGUCUACCGUAUUGGAUCCUCUGUCGAAUUCGAUUGGUGUGGUGUAUCUUGCAUUCGUGCCCUCCGUGACCUUGGUGAAAAGACGGUUAUGAUCAACUACAAUCCCGAAACCGUUUCCACUGAUUUCGAUGAAUGUGAUCGUUUGUACUUUGAGGAACUCAGCUUCGAACGUGUCAUGGAUAUCUACGAGACAGAAACUGCCAAGGGUGUCGUUGUCAGUGUCGGUGGUCAAUUGCCUCAAAACAUUGCUCUCAAGCUUCACGAGAACAAUGCCAAUGUCCUCGGUACCUCUCCCUUGAUGAUUGACGCUGCUGAAGAUCGUUUCCAAUUCUCUCAGAUGCUUGACAAGAUCAAUGUUGACCAACCUUCUUGGAAGGAAUUGACCAGUGUCGAAGAUGCUUACAACUUCGCUGACAACGUCGGUUAUCCCGUUUUGGUUCGUCCCUCAUAUGUCUUGUCUGGUGCUGCCAUGAACGUUGCCUACACUCCUGAAGCUCUCAAGCAAAACUUGACUCAAGCUGCUGAUGUCUCUCCUCUUCACCCUGUUGUCAUCACCAAGUUCAUCCAAGGUGCCAAGGAAAUCGAUGUCGAUGCUGUUGCUCACAAGGGCAAGGUUCUCAUCCACGCCAUCUCUGAGCACGUUGAAGAAGCUGGUGUCCACUCUGGUGAUGCUACUUUGGUCUUGCCUUCUCGUGAUAUCACCAAGGAGACCAAGGACAGACUCAAGGAAAUCACUGACAAGGUUGCCAACGCUUUCCAAAUCACCGGUCCCUUCAACAUGCAAAUCAUUCAACAAGAACUUCCCGAGCAGCCCUCUGCUUUGAAGGUCAUCGAAUGUAACUUGCGUGCUUCUCGUUCCUUCCCCUUCGUUUCCAAGGUUUUGGGCAAGAACUUCAUUGAAGUUGCUACCAAGGCUCUUGCUGACAAGGAUGUCCCUGAACCCGUUGAUUUGAUGAACAAGGAUUACGACUACACUGCUAUCAAGGUUCCUCAGUUCUCAUGGACUCGUCUGCAAGGUGCUGAUCCUUUCCUUGGCGUCGAGAUGGCUUCCACUGGUGAAGUUGCCUGCUUUGGUAAAGAUAAGAAUGAAGCUUACUGGGCCUCCAUUCAAUCCACUCAAAACUUCCGUAUUCCUCAACGUGGAGCUGGUGUUUUGAUUGGUGGUGAUGAUGUGACCAACAAGCAAGAUUACGAAUACAUUGCUAAGAAGCUUCACAACGAACUUGGUCAUGAAAUCUUCACUCCUACCGAUGCCGAUACUGCUUUCCUCCAAUCUGUUGGUGUUCCCAGCAAGACUUUGCCUGUAGCUGAAAAGGCUGAGAACAAGCGUGAAUUGCAAGACUUGUUCAAGGACAACAACAUUGAUUUCGUCUUCCACCUUGCCAAGCUCCGUGCUGCUGAUCGAUUUAACGAAGGUUACAUCUGCCGUCGUGCUGCUGUUGAUUUCGGUAUUCCUCUUGUCAACGAUGCCAAGGUCGGUCGUCUGUUCAUUGACUCUUGUGUUCAGAAGCGUGUUGAUCAACCCACUGGUGAAAUCCCCAGUGAAGUUGUUACCUGGGCUGAAUUUACUGGUGUCAAGAUCUAA